AUGAGUAGCAGUAGCAGCACCCCCAACCACCCCCGCGAACACCCCACAACCCUCCGCAAGCUCCUCGCCUCUCCCACCCUCACCCGCCCCAAAGACUGGUGGCGCUCCCAAUGUGUCCUCUACGAGCUGUCCGCGCCCGCCAAGGGCACCAUCAAGACAUACCGCGACGCCCUCGAAGCAGCCAUGAAGCGGCCUGGCGGCCUCGACGGCGUGGUCCGCCCCGUGUUCAAGGAGCGCAAGGACCCGCUAAAGAGCGUGGUCGGCGCGAAGGUGUCCAAGACAAAGCCGAAGCCGAGAUCAGGCGCCACGGGGAAGAAGGGCGCGGAGCCAAAGACGCCGCAGAGGGCGCCGGGGACGCCGAAGCCGAGGACGGUGCUGAAAACAACGAGGGUGACGAGGAGUAUGAGGUUGGAGGUGACGGAGGAGGUAACGGUGGUGGAGAGUGCGAUGGACUUUGAGAUGGAGUAUGAGACGGAGUAUCGCGAGCAGUUCCGCAAGUUGAACACUGAGGGGAGGGUGGAUGAGCACGUGAGGCGCCGGAGGGAGACGCUGUUCUACGGCGUGGAUGAAUCAGUCGAGUUUUGA